AUGAGCUACAACGACCUCCACGAUGUCGACAUGUCCGAAUUCGCUCUCAGCACAGAAGGCGGCCAAGGCCUAGUUACCCAGGCCUUAGUGACCUGCGUAGGCAUUGCCGUCGCCGUCGCAUACACCAGCGAGGCGCGCCCGGGUGAGGCGAGGCCCGACAAGUUCCUCGCCCAUAUCGACGAGGACGAUGGCGAGGAGGCGGCAGAGGAACUCGUGCAGCAGGUCGAAGAGGCGAAGCAGCGGGGCCUCAGGAACUUGCACGUGGUCGCCUGCGUCCUGAGCCCCGAGAGCCUCAGGGAGCGGCCCGAGGAGCCCGUCGACGAAGCUACGGUGCAGCAGCAGGUCAACCUUAACGAGCAGUGUAUCACGCUGGCCUCGCGUCUUACCAAUGGUGUCCGCUCGUCAAGUUUUAUGGUGCUUAAACACCACAUCUAUGAGCCGAGGCACAUGGUUAUCACGACUGAGAAUGAGAUCAGGGUCGACAGUUACGACUGGGAUCCAGAUCAGAGAGGGAGGCGGAGUUUCAGGGGAUUUCCUGAUCAGGUCCAGCUUAGCUCGGCUACAGGAGUCGCGACAAGUGGCUAA